UUCCCGAUGAUUUUCGAUAGUUAUCGGCAAAGUUCUAUUUCCGGCGGUCGUUGAGACACAUUUUUGAGACACUUUCAAGAUGUUAGACUUUUUUACGAUAUUCAGUAAAGGUGGGAUUGUUCUUUGGUGCUUUCAGGGAACAUCUCAACUGUUUACACCAGCAGUUAACUCUCUUAUUAAGACUGUAAUACUUCAGGAAAGAACUGGAAAUAAUACAUAUACACAUGAAGCUUUACAGUUGAAGUAUAAGCUUGAUAAUGAAUUUGAAUUGGUUUUUGUGGUGGCUUAUCAAAAGAUAUUACAGCUGUCUUACAUAGAUAAAUUCUUGACAGACAUACAGAUGGAAUUCAGAAAUAAGUACAAGGAUUGUCUUACCGAUGGUUUAGCGUGUGGCACCUUUAAUUUUAAGGGAUCAUUUGAUGAGAUUUUGAGAUUGAACGAAGAAGAAAGCAGAGCCAUCGCCAAGUCUCAGAAGAAAAUGAAAACUUUUGAUGAAUCUUUAAAAUCUAAGAAGACUGUGUCAUCAAUGAUAGAAAACAAAAAAGAAGAAAAGAAACCAGCUAAAGGAAAGGAAAAUAAACCAGUCAAAGAACAAGUUGUUAAAGAAACUUUGAAGAAAACUGAACAGACAGCUGCAGUCUUGGGUGAAAUGGACGAACUAACUAUACAGAAAAAUAGAGAAAAGAUGUUUGCUAAGAUGUCUGGAAAGAAACCUGUUAAAACAGCCAGUGCCAGUCCAAAAGCAGAAACUCCAAAGAAGAAAGGAAAACAAGCUACUAAAUGGGAAAUGGCUGGAACCAAUAAAGAUGCUGUGUCUCUUGAUUAUAGUUCUCUAAAUGGAUCAGGAGAUGCUACUAUUAAUGGAAGUAUGGAAGAGAAACAUGGAACACCAUCUGCUGAAGAACAACGAUGGGUAGGACAGAUGAAAGGAGGAUUGAGAGAUUUAGAUGAAGAAGAAAGUGAAGAUGAAGAAGUAGAAGAAGAGAAAGGAGUUCAGGAGUCAGUCAAGAGUGGCAAAUCUAAGAAGAGCAGUGGAAUGUUCAGUAUGUUCAAGAACCUUGUUGGAUCAAAGACCUUGACCAGAGAAGAUUUACAACCUGCUUUAGAAAAGAUGAAAGAACAUAUCAUUGGAAAGAAUGUUGCUGCAGAUAUUUCUGUUAAAUUGUGUGAUUCUGUGGCUGCUAAGUUGGAAGGCAAAGUUCUGGGAACCUUUUCAACAACUGCAAAUACAGUAAGACAGACUUUACAGGAUUCCUGUGUUAAUAUUUUGGAACCAAAGAGACGUAUUGACAUCCUUCGAGACGCUAUGGAAUGUAAACAAAAAGGUCGUCCAUAUGUUGUUACAUUUUGUGGAGUAAAUGGUGUAGGGAAAUCUACAAACUUGGCAAAGAUCUGUUUCUGGUUGAUAGAGAAUGGCUUUAGAGUUUUGAUAGCUGCAUGUGAUACCUUCAGAGCUGGGGCUGUAGAACAGUUACGUACCCACACCAGGAAGUUAAAUGCUCUUCAUCCCCCAGACAAAAAUGGACAACACAUGGUACAGUUGUAUGAGAAAGGAUAUGGCAAAGAUGCUGCAGGAAUUGCCAUGGAAUCUAUCAAUUAUGCUCGUGACUGCCAUAUUGAUGUGGUGCUUGUAGAUACUGCAGGUAGAAUGCAGGACAAUGAGCCACUGAUGAGGGCUCUUUCUAAGCUCAUUAAAAUAAACCAGCCGGAUCUGGUUUUGUUUGUUGGUGAAGCCCUGGUUGGAAAUGAGGCUGUUGAUCAGCUGACCAAGUUUAACCAGGCCCUUGCUGACCAUUCUAAUAUGACAAAUCCCAGACUUAUUGAUGGGAUAGUUCUGACUAAGUUUGAUACUAUUGACGAUAAAGUUGGUGCUGCAAUAUCUAUGACAUAUACUACAGGACAACCAAUUGUAUUUGUUGGUACAGGACAAACCUACACAGAUCUCCGUAAUCUCAAUGUCAAAGCAGUUGUCAAUGCUCUGCUCAAGUAAUCACAAGAAUGUCUUGUGUCAGAGGCUUAAGAAAUGUUUUACGUAUUCAAAGAUUUACUUAUUACAAUUCUGAUCUAAUUUUUACAUUUGUAUUGUAUCCCUGUCUGAAAUAACUGAUAUUCUGUUAUAACUCUAAACAACCAAAUUUAUAGAAAUGUGAAACUGGUUUUUUUUCUGAUUGAGAAUUUUUUGUUCAAUGUCAUGGAUAUUUGUUAUAAAGUUAAAAUUUCUAUGGUAUAUGGUAUAGAAAAGUGCUCAGAUAUUCUGUAAUAGACAUGUCCUCUCAAAUCAACUGUCAUGGUUUCUCUCAAUGUAAAUACUAAAAAACAGUGAUACUAUAGAAUGAUCAUCCCUUUCAAUAUUUGUUCAAGCAUUUACUUUGACACAUAGUAUUUUAUAUUUCCAACAAUCUAUUGAAAAAUGACACUAUAUGAAAUCUAAAUAAAUCAGUUAUGAAUUAUUUUUAGAAGAUUUGUAUAAUUUUUUCAGAAGGUUCAUUUAUCUAAAAGUUAUAUUGUGUACAAAAUCUUACUGAAAAUCUUAGUUUACAAUGAAAAUCUGAAGUUUACAAUGCCUAAAUGAAAUACUGAAAAUAUAAAUAUAUUAUGAAUGAUCUUUUCAAAACUAGAAUGUGUAUCACAAGAGAUUAUCUGUAUCAAUAUGAUAUUGGAUAUAUACCUGUUGUCUCAGUCCUUAUUAUUUAGUGUAUGCUAUGUUAAAUUUGAUCUGUUAUUUUGUCUUGUUACAAAUAUUUCUGAUAUUUGCAUCAUCAUCAUUAUUUCACGUUUUUCAUUCACCAUUUUUAAAUCUAUCAUUAAAUUUGAUUAGAUAUCAUAAGUAGGUCAUGUGCAUUGGAUAUGGAAGUUAAUGACUGAAAGCAUUUUCAUUGGCCAUCUUUUGUCAUUCAAAAAAAUUUGCUUUAAGU